AUGGUAGGGGAACAAGGUGGAAGAGAUGCAUUUAUAACCGAAGGCUUUGACAAUUGGAGUAAAAAAGGCUCAUUCCGGAAACAUAUGGGUAAUAUUCAAAGUUAUCACCAUAAGGCCCAAGAAAAGUGUGAUUUGCUAUUGAGAAAAAACCAAUCUAUCGGUGAAGUCUUGCAUAAGCAAACAGAACUUGAGAAAAGUAAUUAUGAAAUUCGAUUACGUGCUACAAUCCAUAGUUGUAGAUUUUUAUUGAAAAAUACAUUACCAUUUCGUGGACAUGAUGAGACGGAAAAGUCUAAUAAUAAAGGACUUUUCAUUGAAGUAUUAUUUUUGAUUAGAGAAGAUAAUGAGAUGAUUUUUAAAGUUACUUUAGAAAAUGCUCCAAAAAAUGAAAAGUUGACUUCUCCCAUGAUUCAAAAAGAUAUUGUCGAUUGUUUUUCAAAAGAGAUAAUCAAGUCUAUUUGUGAUGAAAUUGGUAAAGAUGUGUUUGCUAUUUUAGUUGAUGAGUCUAGUGAUGUUUCCAAAAAAGAACAAAUGGCUAUAGUUUUGAGAUAUGUUGAUAGACUAGGGAUUGUAAAGGAAAGAUUUAUUGGAAUUGUUCACGUGUUGGAUACAUCUUCUUUGACUCUUAAAGCCUCCAUUGAUACCGUAUUUUCCAACAAUAACUUGAGUAUGACUCAGGUGAGGGGCCAAGGUUAUAAUGGAGCAAUUAAUAUGAGUGGUGCAUUCAACGGUUUGAAAUCUUUGAUUUUAAAUGAAAACAGUUCUGCACAUUAUAUACAUUGUUUUGCACACGAACUUCAAUUAGUGGUUGUGGCGGUUGCAAAGAAACAUGAUGAUGUUGAUCAAUUCUUUGAACAACUAGCUUUGGUGGUUACUGUCGUUUGUGGUUCUUAUAAGAGAAAAGAUAUGAUACGAGAGAUGCAAAAAGAAAGAGUGGCAGGUGAAAUUGGUAUCGGUGAAACAAAAACAGGAAAAGGGUUGAAUCAAGAGAUUUCUCUUGUUCGAGCUGGAGAUACUAGAUGGGAUUCACAUUUUAGAACAAUUGUAAGUUUGGUGAAUUUGUUUGCAGAAGUUGUUGCGGUACUUAAAUAUGUCAAAGAGGAGGGGUCUACUUUAUCUAACCGUAAUCAAGCAAAGGGUAUUUUGUCAUAUUUCAAGACACUUGAUUCCGUGUUUCUUUUACACUUGAUGUUGGAAAUUCUAUGUCUCGCGGAUACCUUGUCAAAGCAUCUUCAAAAAAAAAGAUCAAAAUAUUUUGGAAGCGGCUUCGUUAGUAAAAGGAACAAAGAAAGCAUUGCUAGUUUUUAG